GUUGCAUUUAUUUGGCAUAUUGUCCGCAGAUUUGUUCUUUUUCGCAUUUUCUUUUAUUUUCUGUAUUAGUCUAUCUUUCGGUUAUAUCCUUUAAAUUAGUGCAUUUUCAUUUAUUGCAUAGAGGUAACCGAAGGCAUUCAUUGACAUCGAUUCUAAAUAGGAUUUGCACAUUGCACCUUCGGUCGUUCGUUCAUUUGCCCGUUCGCUGAUAACACAGCAGCCUCAAGAUGACGCGUGGCGUGCUCCGCCUAUGCAGCUAUGGAGGCAAUGCCAUCUUGCAGAUUUCCAAGCCGAUACAUCCGUUGCGGCUGUUUUCAGGUAGCGUGAAGCUGCUUCAGAAAGAUGGUAAACCCGCAACUGCUGUGGCAGGGGUAUCAUACAAAAAUAUUGUUAUCGGUGUUCCGAAGGAGAGAUGGGUCAACGAACGACGAGUUGCCAUAACUCCAGCCGUAACUGCUACCUUGGUCAAGAAGGGGUUCAAAGUGAACGUUGAAGCAGGUGCCGGAUUUGACGCCAAGUUUCGUGAUUCUGAUUAUGUAACCGCAGGAGCCAAUAUCGUCGACAAAUCUCAAGCAUUCCAAUCCGAUAUUGUACUUAAGGUUCGACAACCAAUGGACAAUGAAAUCCCGACACUGAAGGAUAACUCAACUGUAAUUUCAUUCCUGUAUCCUACACAAAACAAGGAUCUGAUCGACAAACUAGCUCAAAAGAAAGUUAAUGCAUUUGCUAUGGACGCCAUUCCUCGUAUUUCGCGUGCGCAAGUAUUCGAUGCCCUAUCUUCGAUGGCCAACAUUUCCGGCUAUCGGGCAGUUAUUGAAGCUGCCAAUCACUUCCCACGCUUCUUCACGGGACAAAUCACCGCCGCUGGCAAGGUACCUCCGGCGAAGAUUCUCGUCAUUGGUGGAGGCGUUGCAGGAUUGGCCGCUAUUGGACAAGCUCGUGGUAUGGGUGCCAUAGUGAGAGCUUUCGACACCCGUCCAGUCGUUAAGGAACAGGUCGAGAGUAUGGGAGCGGAGUUCCUUACCAUCAACUUGGAAGAGGAUGGCUCCACGGCCGGUGGAUACAGUAAGGAAAUGAGUAAAGAAUUUAUCGAGGCUGAGAUGGCACUAUUUGCCAAACAGUGUAAGGAGGUUGAUGUGAUUAUCACAACGGCGUUAAUUCCGGGGAAGAAGGCACCUACUCUUAUUACCGAAGAGAUGGUCAAAUCAAUGAAACCGGGUAGCGUUAUUGUUGAUCUGGCAGCAGAAGCAGGAGGCAACGUUGCUACGACCGUUCCUGGAAAAGUGGAAGUGGUUCAUGAUGUGGUUCACGUAGGUUUGACCGAUUUCCCGAGUCGCCUGCCAGCUCAGAGUUCCACUUUGUAUGCCAACAACAUCUCCAAGUUCCUGCUCUCGAUGGGGGAAAACGAUCACUUUAACAUCAAUCUAGAAGAUGAGGUUGUUCGAGGAAGCAUUGUGCUACAGAACGGCAAUCUUAUGUGGCCACCACCAGUAAUCCCGGUUUCCGCAAAACCACCACCAUCGGUACCAGCGACAUCCACUGUAAAGGCAGAAGUCCUACCGCCGAAUCCUUUCAAUGAAACAUUGAAGAACAGCAUGCUUUACACUGCUGGUUUUGGUAGUUUGCUUGGGUUGGGAGCAAUCUCUCCUAAUCCAGCUUUCACUACUAUGAUGACAACUUUAGCCAUGUCCGGAAUAGUUGGUUAUCACACGGUUUGGGGAGUUACUCCUGCUUUGCACUCACCCUUGAUGUCGGUGACCAAUGCCAUUUCAGGCAUUACCGCUGUCGGUGGACUGUUGAUGAUGGGUGGUGGUAUGACUCCAACCAACACGGUUGAAACUCUGGCUGCUAGUGCGGCUCUGAUUUCAUUUAUUAACAUCUUCGGAGGAUUCUUGGUGACACAGCGUAUGUUGGACAUGUUCAAGAGACCAACGGACCCACCAGAGCACAUCUACCUGUACGGAAUUCCUGGUGCUGUGUUCCUUGGAGGAUAUGGCUUAGCUACUCUUCAGGAAAUGCCUGAAAUUCACCAGAUGGCGUACCUUGCUUCCAGCUUGUGCUGUAUCGGAGCGCUGGUUGGUCUGUCUUCGCAGAAAACUUCCCGGCUGGGUAACUCACUUGGAAUCAUGGGUGUCACAGGAGGUAUUGCUGCUACUCUAGGAUACAUGGCUCCCAGCACCGAAGUUCUGAUGCAAAUGGGAGGAGUUGCUGGAAUUGGUGGCCUGCUUGGAUCGAUCAUUGCCAAGAGAAUUCAAAUCUCCGACCUUCCUCAGUUGGUUGCUGCUUUCCACAGUUUGGUGGGUGCUGCGGCUGUGUUGACCUGUGUGGCUACUUACAUGCAUGACUUCCCCACUUUGGCAACCGACCCGGCGGCCAAUGUACUGAAGACUGCACUGUUUCUGGGAACAUACAUUGGAGGAGUCACGUUCAGUGGAUCGCUGGUUGCAUAUGGUAAAUUGCAAGGUUUUCUGAGCUCUGCACCACUGUUGUUACCUGGUCGUCAUAUGAUCAAUGCUGGCCUGUUGGCUGGUAAUCUGGGUGCAAUGGCAAUGUUUUACAUGGAACCAACUAUGACUGGAGGAUUGGGACUCUUGGGAACAACGGCUGCGCUGUCCACGGCUAUGGGUAUUACACUGACGGCUGCUAUUGGUGGUGCGGAUAUGCCCGUUGUAAUCACUGUGUUGAACUCGUACUCUGGCUGGGCAUUGUGCGCUGAAGGUUUCAUGCUGAACAAUAAUCUCAUGACUAUUGUUGGUGCGUUGAUUGGUUCUUCUGGUGCCAUCCUGUCCUAUAUUAUGUGCAAGGCAAUGAACCGUUCACUGCCCAAUGUCAUUUUGGGAGGAUACGGAACAACUUCAACUGCCGGAGGCAAACCCGCAGAAAUCGUUGGAACCCAUUCGGAAGUGAACGUUGAUGGCGUUGUCGACAUGAUCAAGAACUCGAAGAACAUUAUUAUUACUCCCGGAUAUGGAUUGUGUGUAGCCAAAGCACAGUAUCCAAUUGCCGAAAUGGUGAAUAUCCUAAAGUCGCAUGGAAAGAAGGUUCGAUUUGGUAUCCAUCCUGUUGCCGGUAGAAUGCCUGGUCAACUGAACGUACUGUUGGCCGAAGCUGGUGUCCCGUAUGAUGAUGUGCUUGAGAUGGAAGAAAUCAACGAAGACUUCUCGGAUACCGACCUGGUCCUGGUUAUUGGAGCUAACGACACAGUAAACAGCGCUGCGGAAGAUGAUCCAAACUCGAUUAUUGCUGGAAUGCCCGUUCUGCGUGUGUGGAAGGCUGAUCAGGUUGUCGUGAUGAAACGGUCCCUUGGUGUAGGAUAUGCUGCAGUUGACAAUCCGAUCUUCUACAAGCCGAAUACUGCCAUGCUGCUAGGAGAUGCUAAGAAGACUUGCGAUGCACUACUGGCCAAGAUUAAGGAAGAAUGAGUGUGAAAACGUGUUUUAAUGUCUGAUUUUAACAUUGAUGUUCAAUCUAUACUUAUACAUAAAUACAAUGUGUCUAUUUGUAUAUGUUAUCGGUGUCAUUGAAUGAUGUUAUGCAACUUGGUGAAUUGUGUAAAUAAAUGCGGAUCGAAUGAUGAUGA